AAUUACAAACACUUAAACGGAAGUGCCGACGAAGAGACAGUGACGACAAAUGGUGACAUCAGAACCGUCGAUAAAGAAACAUUUGAAACUAGCACACAUUUCCAAGACCCCGAACUUAACGACCCGAGAACUCAAUGCUUUAAAAGAUGCACAGCAUACGAUAAGCCGAAGUUCGAGUCCCGUUGUGAAGCAGGAUUCUGUGAAUGCCAUGGCAAAGAUUAUCAGUUGAACACAUGUCUACCGUCAGUAGACGGAUGCAUUAUUUCAAAAGAAAUCAAUUCAAGAUCUACGUUUAUAUGGGGAGCUUCGACGACGGCGUUCCAUUGCAGCAGACACACCGGAAAUACCGCACGUGACGUGCACGUCAUUGGUAUCUAUGGGAACCAUUUCUCAGAAUCGACUUUGGUAAACAUAGAGAGAUCAUUGGAUGAAACCAAGCCACUGACGAUAGUUCUUGCCAGUCAUUAUCCAGUAAGAUGGAAAAUUAAACACAAAAAUCUCCCAAUUUCUGAAAUCAUACUGCUUUCGGACAACAAACUGUCUACAAGUCAAGCAGAGUUAUUAAAUACGUUAGAAGUGUCGUCUGCUACGUUGCCAAUAAUCAGAACAGAAUAUUUUCCAGUUGGAUACGGUGACGACCGAUACCAUUCGAAUUCUUCCGAAAUGUUUAAAAAUAUCAACAAAUUCAUCGGACCAGUCAAAUCCUUUUUAGGGACAAAUUUUGCAGACAAAAUCAUUCUGAAACUGUGACAUAUUUUUAAUUAUGAAUUCGUGACUGAAAUAUGCGCUGUAUCAGAUUUUGAUUUUAAAAUGGUGAAAUAUUUAUCCACAAAAGUGAGUUAUCUACAGAUCCAGUAACUUUGGAAUAAUGUAUCACAGAAAUUUCUUCAUCAAUGACGUCAUAUUUAUUGAGUGGCGUCAUCAUGGAGUCAGGUAUAUUUAUCUAAUGCCAAAAUUAGUUCGUGUCUGAUUGGAAUGCGGUUGCUUAUCACUGUGAGUGGUUUGAAAAUUGAAAAAUGUUUAUGAUAGUGACCAGAGGUACACUAAGGCCUUAAGGCUUACAGGAAACCUUAUGACUAAAGUGAAAGAGGCCAGGGGAAUGAAGUGCAGGGGAAUGACACUCCUCGUCUACAUUUUGCAUUUUAUACAUGUAUUUAUUUAAAUGAUACGUUUUAGUAUACCUAUCUGGAGUUCUUCUAGUCAUAUGAAGUGCAAUGAGGUAAAUUUCCUGUUGAACCUACACGGAUUAAUUGGGCAACUUACAGUGUUAAAUUCUAAAAUAUACAUGUAACAACACAAGACUAUGCUAAUGAAGCCUAUCAAUGACAUCACAAAAAUAUUUGUGAAGUUAAAGAAUCUAAUUUAUCUUUUUUAAGAAGUACUUUGUUUAAAUGGCAUUUUUCGGUAUUUUGCUAAUGAGUGACCUUCUGAAAACAAUGUUAUUCACUUCCUUAUUAUCUUGGUUACUAUUUAUCACAAAGACUUCAUAUUUCACAUACUGAUAAGUCAUAACUAGUAGAUGAUCCCUAUUGAUUUUGGAGGUCAAACGCCAAGGUCACAGAAGCCUUAAAUGUAAGAAUGGUUUCCGCUCAUUAUCUUGGUAAUUAUUGAUCGCAAAGUCUUCAUAUUUCAUAUAUUAAUUAAUUGGUUAUAACUAGUAGAUGACCCUUAUUGUUUUUAGGGUCACUAGGUCAAAGGCCAUAGUCACAGGGGCCUUGAAUGCAAGUAUAGUUUCCGCUGAUUAUCUUCAAAGCUAAUUAUCAC